AUGGUCGAAAUCAAAUCCCGUGGCCAAAUCGCCCCGCUCGUCGUCUGUGCCGCAUUUAUUGUUAUCACGGUAGCUUCUGUUGUCCUGCGAGUUGCUGGGAGGCGGAUUAAGAAUAUUGCCCUCCAGGCGGAGGACUAUUUGAUUUUUGUUGCCUUGGUCUUUGUCCUUGGGCUAAUAACGUGCGAUAUUAUCGGGGUUACCCAUGGAGGUGUCGGCCGCCAUGCUGCAGAUAUUAUCGCCGAAGAUGGUCCCCAGGUUCUGGUGGCAUUCCUCAAGGACCUAGUGGCCAUUCAGAUGCUCUGGGCCACCAGUCUCAUGUUCAUCAAACUUUCUAUUCUCUGUUUCUACAUACGAAUCUUUAACGUUAAACCAUUCAUCAUGGCAUCGAUAGCGGUUGCAGUUCUCGUCGUCCUUUGGGCUCUCAGCGUCAUUUUAUGCGGCUUCUUAUUGUGCCGGCCCUUCGAAUACAACUGGGAUCAAUCCAUCGAGGGAUCUUGCGGAGACCAGAUCAAAUCCUACAUUAUUACGGGAGCUCUUAACAUUGUCACCGAUGCUCUUGUACUCGGGCUUCCGAUGCCCAUGAUCUGGAGGCUGAAGAUAAACUUGCGGAGCAAGAUUGCUCUGACAGGCAUCUUCACAAUUGGAUUUUUCAUCUUUAUCAUCAGUAUCAUCCGCCUGAAAUCCCUCAUCACGGUCUCCUACGAAGAUAUUACCUAUUCGGUUCCUGAUGCGCUUAUCUGGAGCAUGCUCGAGCCUUCCCUCGGCCUCACCCUUGCCUCGAUCCCCAUCAUGCGACCCGUCUUCUCCAAGAUCUUCCCAGACAAUACCCAGCAAGGAAACACUGGCCUCAGCAACACUAACCCGACCAGUAACAGCGGUUUGGCGCCGAAGAACUUCCAGCGCAUUGAUGAAUACCCCUUGGAUCCGAUGCGACCGGACUUUUCCGAGAACCGCACAUAUGUCACAGAGGGACGGGGCCCGUUUUAUGACAUGGAGAGUCAGAAGAGCUCACAGAGCGAGGCGGAGCUCGUUACGUCGAACAUAAAGGUCAAGCAGGAGUGGGAUGUGAGGCGAACUUGA